GGCUGCACGCUGGGCCCGGGAGGGGUCCGCCCCCGCACCCGCCCGAGUUGAGGCCCGGCGGAGGGCUGACCCCGCCGCGCCCCGGGGACGCCGCGCCCGGCGCGCCCAGAGACCCGGGGACGCCCGUCUGGGGGCGGGGGCUACGCUGCGGGGCCGCCCACGCCGCGCUCCAGGAGCUGGAGCUGGCAGGAUGGACGUUGGGACAUGCUGAUCUCUCUUCGAGACAGCCUGUUGGCAUCUUGGUCAUGGAAGACUGCAACGUGCACUCGGCUGCCAGCAUCCUGGCCUCAGUGAAAGAACAGGAGGCCCGCUUUGAGCGACUGACCCGAGCUCUGGAGCAGGAGCGGCGCCAUGUUGCCCUGCAGUUGGAGCGUGCCCAGCAGCCUGGUAUGGGCAGUGGUGGUGUGGGCAGUGGGCAGCCCCUACCAAUGGCCUGGCAACAGCUGGUCCUGCAGGAGCAGAGCCCAGGCAGCCAGGCCUCACUGGCCACCAUGCCAGAGGCACCCGAGGUGCUGGAGGAGACAGUGACAGUAGAGGAGGACCCUGGCACACCUACCUCCCACGUGUCCAUCGUCACAUCGGAAGAUGGCACUACCCGGCGCACCGAGACCAAGGUCACCAAGACGGUCAAGACGGUGACCACGAGGACAGUGCGCCAAGUGCCCGUCGGCCCAGAUGGGCUCCCUGUGCUGGACGGCGGCCCCCCGCUAGGCCCCUUCGCAGAUGGCCCCCUGGACCGGCACUUCCUGCUCCGUGGGGGCGGUCCGGCCGCCACACUCUCCCGUGCCUACCUCAGCAGCGGGGGCGGCUUUCCCGACGGCCCUGAGCCCCGUGAUGUCCCCAGCUAUGGCAGUCUCUCCCGGGGGCUGGGAGUGCGGCCCCCACGUGGCCCCCUUGGCCCGGGCCCCGUCGAUGGCUGCUUCACACUGCCCGGCCGACGUGAGGCCUUCCCCCCGGGCCCGGAGCACGCGCCGCCGGCCGGUCGCUCCCAGCCCGAGCGCUUCCAGGCGGAGCCGUAUGGCUUGGAGGACGACACACGCAGCCUGACUGCUGAGGAUGAGGGCGGCCCGGAGCUGGAGCCUGACUAUGGCACUGCCACAAGGAGGAGGCCUGAGUGUGGGCGUGGCCUUCGUGCCAGGGCCUACGAGGAAGUGGCAGAUGAUGGCGGCGAGCUGAUGGAGGAGCGGCCCCCUUUUCCUGCUGCGACCGCACCCCUGGCCCAGCCAGAACGGGGCAGCCUAGGCAGCCUGGACCGAGUGGUCCGGCGGUCGCCCUCCGUCGACAGCGCCCGUAAGGAGCCGCGGUGGCGGGACCCCGAGCUGCCGGAGGUCCUGGCCAUGCUGCGGCACCCCGUGGACCCCGUGAAAGCCAACGCGGCCGCCUACCUGCAGCACCUGUGCUUCGAGAAUGAGGGUGUCAAGCGGCGCGUGCGGCAGCUGCGGGGCCUUCCUCUGCUCGUGGCUCUGCUGGACCACCCGAGGGCGGAGGUGCGACGGCGGGCCUGCGGGGCCCUGCGAAACCUCUCCUAUGGCCGAGACACGGACAACAAGGCUGCCAUCCGGGACUGUGGUGGCGUGCCGGCUCUGGUGCGCCUGCUGCGGGCAGCCCGGGACAACGAGGUCCGAGAGCUCGUCACAGGCACACUCUGGAACCUGUCAUCCUACGAGCCCCUGAAGAUGGUCAUCAUUGACCACGGCCUGCAGACGCUGACCCAUGAGGUCAUUGUGCCCCACUCGGGCUGGGAGCGCGAGCCCAAUGAGGAUUCCAAGCCAAGGGAUGCCGAGUGGACAACAGUCUUCAAGAACACAUCGGGUUGCUUGAGGAACGUGAGUUCGGAUGGCGCAGAGGCCCGGCGGCGGCUCCGGGAAUGUGAAGGGCUGGUGGAUGCCCUGCUGCACGCCCUGCAGUCAGCUGUGGGCAGGAAGGACACGGACAACAAGUCAGUAGAGAAUUGCGUGUGUAUCAUGCGGAACCUGUCCUACCACGUACACAAGGAGGUGCCUGGGGCCGACAGGUACCAGGAGGCUGAGCCUGGGCCCCCAGGCAGUGCUGCAGGCUCCCAGCGCCGGAGGAGGGAUGACGCUGGCUGUUUCGGUGGCAAGAAGGCCAAAGGGAAGAAAGAUGGUGAGAUGGACCGGAAUUUUGACACACUGGACCUGCCCAAGCGAACUGAGGCUGCCAAAGGCUUUGAGCUGCUGUAUCAGCCCGAGGUGGUACGUCUCUACCUCUCCCUUCUCACGGAGAGCCGGAACUUCAACACCCUGGAGGCGGCUGCAGGUGCCCUGCAGAAUCUCAGCGCUGGCAACUGGAUGUGGGCCACGUACAUCCGUGCCACGGUGCGCAAGGAGCGUGGCCUUCCAGUGCUUGUGGAGCUGCUGCAGUCCGAGACGGACAAGGUAGUACGUGCUGUCGCCAUCGCCCUGCGCAACCUCUCCCUGGACCGGCGCAACAAGGACCUCAUAGGAAGCUAUGCCAUGGCCGAGCUGGUGCGGAACGUGCGCAAUGCACAGGCUCCGGCGCGACCCGGGGCCCGCCUGGAGGAGGACACGGUGGUGGCCGUGCUCAACACCAUCCACGAGAUCGUGUCUGACAGCCUGGACAAUGCGCGCUCACUGCUGCAGGCCCGAGGUGUCCCGGCGCUGGUGGCCCUGGGCGCUGCCAGCCAAUCGGUGCGCGAAGCGAAGGCCGCUUCCCACGUGCUACAGACCCUGUGGAGCUUCAAGGAGCUGCGAGGGGCCCUCCAGAAGGAUGGCUGGACCAAGGCGCGCUUCCAGUCAGCCGCCGCUGCUGCUAAGGGACCCAAAGGAACACCGAGUCCCGGAGGCUUUGACGACAGCACCCUGCCACUGGUGGACAAGAGCCUUGGUGAAUACGGGGUCGGGGUGUGCACGCCUAUCCCUGAGGUACACGAGAUGCUCCUCCACCUAGGUGCAUUGUUGGUGAUGAGGCAGGUAAGGGGUAGGGGGGCCCUUUCCUGGCUUGCAGCCUCCUACAGUCUCUCUACCCACAGUGUCCACAUGGAUGGGGGGGUGUCAGUGGCAGAGGCCCAGCAGGAUGGUGCAAAGAUGUUAGUGACGCAGGGUACACAGGGUCACGGAGGCCAGCCUGCUAUGGGUUUGUUCCGGUAUCUCCACUGUUUCUUGCAACCAGCCAGCCAGCCACCUGGCUUGUGCCUUGCAGAUGGUGAGAAGCCAGGCAGCCGGGACGUGAUCCCCAUGGAGGCACUUGGCCCAGAUGGAUACUCCACUGUGGACCGGAGGGAGCGAAGGGCUCGAGGCAGUGACCCUGCAGGGGAGGCCUCUGAGAAGGAAUCGUUGAAACCCGACCCCGGCAGGAAGGUUCCUCCUGGGCCCAGCAGGCCCGCGGUCAGGCUGGUGGAUGCCGUGGGGGACGCUAAGCCUCAGCCCGUUGAUUCCUGGGUCUAGCUUGCAUGCCUGGUCUCGGGCCCAGCCAUUUGUUCUUAGGGAUCUGAUCUGAUCAUGGGAAGAUGGGAACUCCGGGGCGGCCCUCACAGACCCUGCUGUGGAGCUUGGAGCCCCCUGGCGGCAGGGCUUGGCAGCGCCUCUCGCCCGGGAGCCAGGGCUGGACGUUCUGGACACAGCUUCCUUCCUGCCCCUGCUCCCUCCCUCCUAACUCCCUAGGCUGAGUUAGCUGUUUACUGACAUGGUGCUGUGUGACUGCAGAGAGAGAGAAAGCCAGCCGGCCUGCCGGGGGUGGGGGGCCCAGGGAAGGGGCAGGGCAGGGCACCUAGCUUUGCUUUGGGGCUGGCUGUGUAGAAGUGUGCUCUUGUGUGUGCAGGGGCCCAGAGGAGCCCCGCAGGCCUGCCAGAGGGCAGGCAGCAGGGGAGGGAGAGGGGGGCUCAGGGAAGGAGUUUGACUCCAGAAGGUGGAGGGGAUCCACUGGGCUCUGAGUCCCACCCUGCAUGCCAGGCAGAGCAUGGGUGGGGGCUGACCCGAGCAGACCCGAGCAGAGCCGCUCUGGGGGUCAGACUGUGCUUGGCCCCACCCUGCCCUCAGUUGCGUGGAACCCCAGUGCAGCAGGGGCCGUCCCUGAGCGACUCCAGCCUGGCCGUGCCUACCAAAUCCCGUCUGCCCUGAGUUACACCUUGGGACUGACCUGCGGCAGUGGCGGGGGACUGCUGCCUAGUGCCUGCUGUUUGUGACUUUAAAACAGAAGAAAAACACUGACGAAAAGCAUUAAAAACAAAACCAAAAUAAGACUGUAUUGGUAAACACCUAAAUUUUUGUAAGAAAAUUUAAAAAGUAAAAAAAGCAACACAGAAACUG